CUCUCAAUUCUUUUCUUCUCUUGGAAACAGUAGGAAGGAAAAGAAUCAACAUAGUUAGUACAAAUGUAUUUUUGUAGGGGAACCAUUAUGCUUAAAUAUUCAACAUUAAUCCUCAUCUUUCUGCAAACAUGCAAUGCUUGGAUGAUCGAAUCCUCCUACUGUCCCCCUUCUGCUUGUGGCCAUAUCCGUAACAUAAGCUACCCUUUUCGCUUAAACACUGAUCCAAAAGAUUGCGGAGAGGAUCCAGCAUAUGAGUUAGCUUGUGAAGGUAACCAAACUGUCAUAUCGUUAUUCUCCAAGAAGCUGUAUGUGCAAGCCAUCAACUAUAAUAAUGGGACAAUUCACCUGGUAGAUCUAACUUUACAAACACAAGAUGAUCUAUGCUCUUUGAGAUCUCACCCUAACUUCAACCAAUACUAUAUAAUCUCUAAAUCAGAAUUCUCUAAAUCAGAUAUUGUUAGAAUUACAAAAUUUCAAAUAAGUGCAGAGCCCAUUUUCAUGUUCAACUGUCCAAUUGCUGUUAAUAAUUCUUCCACAUUUCUAGAAAUUAGAGGCUGCAAAUUUAGCAGAUACACUUAUAUAAAGAUUGGAAAAAUGCAUGUCGGUGAAGUGAGUGAUGGAUGCAGAGCAGAAUUUAUAGGCCUGACCUCAUGGCCUAAUAUUAAAAAUGCAGAGAACAACAUUUCCCUUUCUGAUUUUCAUCAAGCACUCCUCUACGGAUUUGACAUUUAUUAUCCGAAUCAGCAACGUUUUGAAGAAAGGAGGACAAGUGUUCUUGAAAAGAUUGUCGGUGUUAUUGAUUGGAUUCGCUGGAGCAGUAUACCGCUACUUCAGCUUGUCGCCAAGUACUAUUUCGGAGCAAAAUUUGUGAUCGGCCUUCCGUUAGUAAUUGUAUUUCUGGUGAUCAAAUUCAAAAGAAGGCAUUUGUCCAUGUAUGAUACUAUUGAAGGCUUUUUGCGAACACAAAAUAAUUUCAAGCCAAUCAGAUAUAAUUACUCCCACGUAAAGAGAAUGACCAGAGGGUACAAAGAGAAAUUAGGUGAGGGAGGUUACGGCAGUGUAUACAAAGGAAAGCUUCAAAGUGGAAGAGAUGUAGCAGUGAAGAUGCUGAACAAGCCUAAAGCAGGUGGUCAAGACUUCAUGAAUGAAGUAGCUACCAUUGGAAGGAUCCAUCAUGUCAAUGUGGUUGGACUCGUGGGGUAUUGUGUUGAGGGAACAAAGCGUGCUCUUGUUUACGAUUUCAUGCCCAAUGGAUCACUCGACAAGUAUAUCAGCACUAGUCAAGAAGGAAGUCCUCUGUUAAGUUGGCAGAGGAAGUAUGACAUUAUUCUUGGAGUGGCUCGUGGAAUUGGGUAUUUGCAUCGAGGCUGUGAUGUACGGAUUUUGCAUUUUGACAUCAAUCCCCAUUUUGACAUCAAGCCACACAACAUUCUUUUGGAUGAGAAUUUCAUUCCAAAGAUUUCUGACUUUGGGCUUGCAAAAUUAUAUCCAACAGAUAAUAGCAUUGUGAAUCUCACAGCUGCUCGCGGAACGAUUGGCUAUGUAGCUCCAGAAUUGAUCAGCAGAAGCAUUGGAGCAAUCUCUUACAAAGCUGAUGUUUACAGCUUUGGAAUGCUGCUAAUGGAAAUGCUGGACUUGAAUAGACAUGAAGUUGCAAAUGAAGAGAAUUCCAGCCAAUAUUUUCCUUAUUAUAUUUACGAUAAGUUCAACAAGGGGAAGGAGAUCCUGGUGGAUGAAGAAGCAAAUGAUGAUGAAAAGAAGAUGGCUAGAAAGCUGAGUUUAGUUGCAUUAUGGUGCAUACAAACAAAUCCAAUACAGCGCCCUUUGAUGAGUAAAGUAUUAGAAAUGCUUGAAGGUGAAGUUGAAGUGCUAGAAGUACCUCCUCAGCCUAUUCAAUCUCAACCGAUUGUUCAUCAGAUGAUGGGAAGUUCUAUGACUUUUUCGUCUGAUUCAAUGGCUUUGUUAGAAAAUUCUGUCAAAGUAGACAUUUGUUCUGAUUGAUUAUAGUUUUGUAUUGUUCAUUUAAAAUGACAUAUAUACGAGAAGGGAUUCACAUUUUACGAAGGGUCAGGUCUGAGUUGGUCCGUCUCAUUCACUGCGUUC